ACGAAAGCAAACGCAAAAUUGGAAUGUGAGUGGACCAAUAUAGAAAUUUCAACACUAGUUUGUGUUGAACAAUACGGCAGCAAUGCAGUUAGAAUAAUAAUUGGAAAAAUCUGUGCACAUCUAUUUCGAAAUAAAGAUAAAUCAGGUGAUGAAAUGCUUAUCCAACAAAAAUGUGUUUGCUAAGGCACGAGUGCAUUUUUUCUGCGAAACUAUGGUGAAAGAGUUGAAAAUAUGUAAUUGUUACGAAUGAGAUGAUGUAAACAGUGAAUAAAUAAGAAACAGUACUACAGCAAAAUAAUAAAGUGGCUUCGAAAAACAAAACAUAAGCAGCUUUUACAAUAAACUGAAAAAAAUGGAAGUAGAAAAAAGGCAGCUGGAAACGAGUAAUUGUGGCGUAGAUGUGGGAACAACUAAUGUUUCUAGAAUGUCUAAGGAUUCUGCAGAUACAUCAGAAACUGAAGUAGAGGAAAAUAUCAACAAAACUCCAAACCAUAAAGAAGGAACACCAAUGAAAGCUGUUCAUAAUUCAGUUACCAAAACUACUGAAGAAGAUUCAAAUAAGAAUGAAAAUGCAACAGAUGUAACCGCAAAACAAGCAGAAGAAUUAUUACUAAAAGUCACUGAAACCAAUGAACGCACCAAAAGUGAAAACAUAGAAGAAAGCAACGAAAGUAUGGAUAAAAAUGGACCUACUUUUAAAGAGUCAAAAAGUGAAGAAAACUCAAAUGAUUUAAACGAAUUAGAUGAUUCGCAAGAUGCCGCCGAAGAUGAUGAUGAAAGUCAGAAGGGAGACGUGUCAACGGCUGAUGACGACAACAGCCUUUCGCCUUCAACACAAUCGCAAACGCCACCACUUAGGGACACAACAAAUGCGACGUCAAGUGCAUCCAUAGCAGCGGCAAUGGGUGUAGCUGCUUCCGUAGUCGUGGCAGCAGCUGGUAUAAGAGCGGCUAUACCAGAUACUAUUCUAUCACCUCCCAAGUCAGAAACACAAACCGACGAUGCCAACACCGCUACAUCAUCCUCAUCGCCAGCAUCAGAUUCUCAGCUUUCACCGAUGAUUACCGAAGCUUCUAUUGGGAGUAGUGCAGCACUUACACCAACUACACCACCAGAAUUACCAGAAAUUGCUGCAACUGGUCUGUCAGCUAAUGUGUCCAAUAUGGUCAAUUGCGUUGGUUCUUCACCAACUAAGACAGCCACCAAGCGAGGUGCGAACCCAAUUGACGCUGAUGCUGAGGGUGGUGGUAAACGCGUUAUACAACCAAUUAAUCUUGUUGCAAACGGCACCAUACCGAAAUCAAGUGGGAAACCGCUUAUGUCGGCCAUGAAUAAAAAAUUGAAAGAAAAACCGACACGCGCACCAAGACAAAGGAAACAAAAAUCCACAUUGCCUAUGUACGAAAGCGAGAUAAGCGACAAUAAAACGGGAAUCAAAUUAUGUAUAAAGAAAUCAGAUUCUACCGGCAAUUUGUCUGGUACAACCGGCAUUUUAGCACCAACUGUUACUGCGAAAGUGGUAGAGACUACAACAACAGCUAUAGCGCCUAAGCAAACGCGCAAACGUUCACGUAAAGCGAAAUCGAAGGUUCGUCUCGAUGACGACGAAAGUGAGCCUGAGGUAACAACGGGAAAACGUGGUAAGAAUCGAGCCAGUAAUGCGGAACGUCAGAAGAAAGUAUCUUUCAGUGGCAUCGAAGAGCAGGGCGAAAAACAUCGUGCGUCUAUUGAGCAAGGCGAUUGGGGUGCACGCAUACCACAGGAAAUACUUUUUAAGAUUUUUGAAAUUCUAAUUGAUCGCGAAGGUUGUUUGCCAACACUUUGCCGUCUGGGGCGCGUGUGUACAUUGUGGCGAAAUGUGGCGUUAACGCCAUCAUUGUGGAAAAGUAUGGAUCUAUCUACAUGGAUAAAGGACAAAUAUCGCACCGAACUCAAGCUAAAAUGGUUCGUAGACAAUCGUUGCAGCGAAUGCACAGAAUUGAAUGUUGCCAAUUGGAAGAUGUCCGAUAUAAAUUGCUUUUUAAACAAAUUGGCGAUCGGUUGUCCAAAUUUAACGAGCAUUACAUUGUCCGGUUGGAAAGGUUUCACAUCCGAUCAUUUGGCUUAUUUGACCGAAAAUAUGCAAAAACUGCAACGCCUUGAUUUGAGUUCAGUUAAUAGUGAAAUGAAUGCGAGCAAAAGCGCUGUUGGACCACAAUCGCUGUGCAAUGCAUUACAAACAAUGAAUAGCCGUUUAACGCAUCUAUAUUUGGCACACAAUCGGCUGGCCGGCAUACCGCAAAUAGUCGCAACUUUGGCUACACAUUGCCCCAAUUUGGUAAAUUUGGACCUCUCAAAUGUUACAACACAAGCGACUUCACACGGCAUAUUUCACAUUGAGAAGCUGCAGCACGGCUGUCCGAAAUUAAAAGUGCUACGCGUCACCAACUCGCAUAUAACAUGGGGAAAUGCAACACUGCAAGAAACGAUGGAUUCGCCUGGUUUCCCAGAGCUUGAGGAACUCUCCGUGGCAGCUUUAACCGAUGAAUGCCGUGUUAUUGGUGAUGAUCAAUUGCAGCGCAUAUUGAAAACCAGCUCAAAGCUAAAACUCUUGGAUGUGCGCGGUUGUGCACGACUCACGCAUGAAAGUCUUAUACGCCUACCAGCGUGGGACAUUAAGCAUUUAUUUUUGUCAUUUUGCUCAGUGACACGUGAUGUUGGCUCCGGUCUCGAGCUGAUCGCCUCAAAGUGGGCGCAUAGUCUUAUAGAAUUAGAUUUGGCUUGGGCGAAUGUACAGCAGCCACUUGAUAAUGCCUUACGUGCAUUAGCCGAAAAGGGCAGCGAAUCGCCAUUAGCGCACUUGAAUCUCUGUGGUUCGUCGGUUUCAGAUGAUGCAGUUAAGGAAAUACUUGCAAACUGUGCGCACAUGAGUUCGAUAAAUCUCUCAUCGUGUCGUGGUCUACCGCGCGGUGUCAAGCGUCUCAUGCAAGGUCAGCAAGAGUUGCAGGAACUGCGUGAAGUGCUUAAAGUGCAGAUGAAAGUGAAAUUGCCCGCUCAAAUAAAGCAAGAAAAAGAGGAGGAGGAGCGUCGGCAGCGCGCUGCACAAAGCGGCAGCUCUACCGAUGCUGAUAGCGGCGGCGGUGGUGAUGGUGGUGGUAAUUUUCAAUCCAAUUGAAAUAAGGACAUCACGAUUCAAACAAUUUGAAAGCAAAGCAAAAUGUGCGUUAGUGUGUAACAAAUUCGUAACAUACAAACAAAAAUUAUAAAAUUUGUAGCUUAAACUAAAAAUUAUGAACGCGAAGCAAAAAAUCUUCAAUUAAUAUUAGAUUACAUUAUGUUGUAUGACACUUUUCAGUUUUAUUAUUAUUAUGAAGCACACUCUAAAAAAAGCAAAAACAGCGUUAACCUACAUUGCUGAGUGCUGCGGUGCUUAGUAGAAGAAGAACAAAAACAAAAGAGUGUGCAAAAUGUUCUGCUGCUGGUGGCAGAAAGACAUUAAAUUUACGUAUUUUAGCAUUAUUGCGUGCAAAUUUUUGUAUAUGAAAUUUUUUUAGUGCAUCACACAGGUAGCUUCCAAAUUGAACACGGAAUUGUGUAACUAUUAAGUCAUUUGGCACUACUUUAUAAUUUAAUUUAUACCUAUACAUAUAUAUAUAUAUAUCUACAUUUAAGUAAGCGCCUAAACAUUGAUUUAUAUUUUUGUUUUCAAUUUGGUCACAUUUAUAUGAUUAUAUAUAUAUUUACAUUUGCAAUACACUUACAACUAUAGUCGCUGGAAAUCGCUAGUGUUAAUUUCUUAGUUAUAAUUUGGUAAAGUUUCGAAGAAAAAACGUAUUAAGUUUGAUUUACACAUGCAUAUGCAUUGCUACGAAUUUUCAGUGAAAUUAAAACAGUUUGGUUAAUUUUAAAAAUUAUGUACAAGAAGCGUACACCUUGCAAAGAAUUAAACUAUGUUUAAUAUGUAAAAUAUUAAGAGUAAAUUAAGUGAAGUGAAAGUAUCGAUUAUCGUUAUAGAAACAGUCAGUUAUAUCCAUAUAUAUAUAUUCUAUGCUUAAAUUGUACUUUAUACACACACAUAAUUUUAAUUAUAUUAUAUUUUCUACAUUUGAAACCCCUAUGCAAUUUACACAAAAAAUAACAACUAAUAAUUCACCACAAAUGAAAUCAAUAAAAGAAAUGUCAAAACAAAUGUCAAUUGGUAUGAUUUUCUUCAA